GCAUAGGUCUCCAAUCGUGUUCCUGGGGGGCAUCUGUUCUGCAGAAUUCACUUGCAAACCCAUUCAAACUCCCCUUAACCUGCUAAUCAAGUUGUUCAAGGCUACCUAAAAAUGUAAGGCAGGUGUCUUGGAGUAGGGUUGGAACUGAAAGAUGCAGGACAGGUGCAGAUGAUACAUUCUUAGUUUCAGCAGACAUUUGAUUUACGGAAUCCACCCUUACAAGACUUUACUUUAAAUACAGUCUCACAACUGUGUUGUCUUGGGUUACAUUUUGUAACAGUGUUGUCAUUUUCUUUUGCAAUCCAAACUUGAUCAAUCGCAAUGACCACUUUGACUGGAGAAGACUUUGACUUCACCUUCCUGGAGGAAGGUUUCUGUGCACGAGAUAUAGUGGGACAAAAGAUCAAUGAAUCAUCAUUAUCUGAUGAUAAAGAUGCCUUCUAUGUGGUAGACCUGGGCAACAUUUUAAAGAAGCAUCUGCGGUGGGUCCAUGUCUUACCCCGCAUCAUGCCAUUUUACGCAGUGAAGUGCAAUGACAGCAAGGCUGUCAUCACGACAUUGGCAUCUCUGGGAGCUGGAUUCGACUGCGCCAGCAAGACGGAGAUUGAGCUUAUUCAGUCUGUGGGUGUGGAGCCAAACAGGAUCAUCUAUGCAAACCCCUGUAAGCAGGUGUCUCAUAUUAAAUAUGCCUCUGCCCAUGGGGUGCAAAUGAUGACCUUUGACAGUGAAGUAGAGCUCAUGAAGGUGGCACAGUGUCAUGACAAUGCCAACCUGGUUCUCCGUAUUGCCACGGAUGACUCAAAGGCCGUGUGGAAGUUAAGUGUGAAAUUUGGAGCCAAGUUAAAGACCACCCGGCUGUUGCUGGAAAGGGCCAAGGAGUUGGGGUUAGAUGUGAUCGGAGUGAGUUUCCACGUAGGAAGCAGCUGUACUGAUCCUGAGACGUACACCCAGGCCAUCUCUGAUGCACGCUAUGUCUUUGACAUGGGGACGGAGCUGGGAUACAACAUGACACUGCUCGAUAUCGGAGGAGGUUUUCCAGGCUCUGAUGAUAACAAACUGAAGUUUGAAGAGAUUGCUGCUGUGGUAAAUUCUGCACUGGAUAAAUACUUCCCUGCUGAUUGCAAUGUGAGGGUUAUCGCUGAGCCUGGACGCUACUACGUGGAAUCCGCAUACACGCUGGCAGUCAACAUUAUUGCCAAAAAGGUCAUGAUGAAGGAGCAGUCAGCCUCUGAUGAAGAAGAAGAUGGGGCCAAUGACAGAACCCUGAUGUAUUACAUGAACGAUGGCAUCUAUGGUUCCUUCAGCUCUUCUCGGCCCAAUCCUGUCUUGCCAAAUUUGCACAAAAAAUCCAAGCCUGAUGAGCGCAUGUACCAAUGCAGUAUUUGGGGUCCGACAUGUGACGGUCUAGACCGUAUUGUGGAGCAGUGCAGCCUGCCAGACAUGCAGGUGGGCGACUGGCUGUUGUUUGAGAAUAUGGGGGCCUACACCAUGGCCACAUCCACCAACUUCAAUGGCUUCCAGAAACCUGAUAUUGAUUACAUCAUGUCCCGAGCAGCCUGGCAGUGCAUGCAGCAGAUCUGUGCACAGGGAUUGGCGGGUGGCUCUAACUGAGGAGCUGUGGACUUGACACAAGCCAUCCCACUGCGGGCAUGAGAGCAGCUAAGACUGUGCCAUACUCUUGUCCUCUAAGCUAUUGAAUGAUGGCAACUGUUAGAUGUUUUUUUCUUACUCUUUUGGUCUUUGUAACUGUAAGCUGCAGAUAAUUGGACCUGGCACAUUUUGGCAUCAGUUUUUUUAUUUCCCACUUUCUUUUAACUUAACUUUUAAUGCCAGAAUUUAACCACGGUUCCCUGAUGGAGGGAUUGAGACAA